GGGAAGGAAAACCAACCGCCAUUUUCCUCCCGCUUCGAGAACGAAACGGACACGCGCGCGCCCCCUCAAUCCUCGGGACCGCCUAAUACCCCAACCCCUCCAGCUUCCGGCGGGUCUCGCGAGACUGCACUCCUAGAAAUCUCGAGCCGUCUUCGUCGAGCCGUACCUUGGGGUUGCUGGUUUGGUCGAGGGGUGGGUGUGGAGAAGGGGAAGAGAGAAGACAGGGAAAGGCGGCAGACCUUGAUUGACACGACACCGCCGCUAAUGGUCGCCAGGCUCCCAGGUGCCGAAGGGUGUUGCCUCCCCCCGGACGUCGCUGGGACCGCCCCCCCUUCCCCCCCGCUGGUCGGCGGCGGCACCUGGCUCGGGCCGCUCCUCCCGCUCCGCCUCCUCCUCUUCUUUCCUCCUCCUCUUCCCUUCCUCCUCCUCCACCUCUUACUGCUGCUCGGUCUCUUGUUUAUACCGCGCCUCAGACACUUCAUCCCAGUCCCGGGCGAGCAGCGUUGGGUUUAUGUCUUUAUUUGACGAAAACGAGCUGUUGCGCAGCCAUUGGUACCUGUAUUGGGGAAAUAUAGCAUACAAGCAAGACGCUUACAGCCUCUGUGGCAAAAACUUUUUCAUGUCAGAGACCGAGAACUCUUGCAGUCGUUUAUGUCAUCCCUUCUUCUCCAGACAGAAGAUACCAAAAAGUUGCAAUCAAAGAUCUCUUCAUCUUAUUGAUAAAACUACUACUAAUAAGCCAAAAUGUCUGUCAACGUCAACCGCAGCGUUUCAGAUCAGUUCUAUCGCUACAAAAUGCCCCGUCUGAUUGCUAAGGUUGAGGGCAAAGGAAAUGGAAUAAAGACAGUCAUAGUCAACAUGGUUGACGUUGCAAAGGCGCUUAAUCGGCCUCCAACGUAUCCCACCAAAUAUUUUGGUUGUGAGCUGGGAGCACAGACCCAGUUUGAUGUUAAGAAUGACCGUUACAUUGUCAAUGGAUCUCAUGAGGCGAAUAAGCUGCAAGACAUGUUGGAUGGAUUCAUUAAAAAAUUUGUUCUCUGUCCUGAGUGUGAGAAUCCUGAAACUGAUCUGCAUGUCAAUCCUAAGAAACAAACAAUAGGUAACUCUUGCAAAGCCUGUGGUUAUCGAGGCAUGCUUGACACAAACCAUAAACUCUGCACAUUCAUUCUCAAGAACCCACCUGAGAAUAGUGACAGUGUUACGGGAAAAAAAGAAAAAGAAAAGAAAAAUAGAAAGGGCAAAGACAAAGAAAAUGGUUCUGUGUCCAGCAAUGAGACAACACCACCACCACCACCACCCAAUGAACUUAACCCUCCACAUGCUGUGGAAGAUGAUGAGGAUGAAGAUUGGGGAGAGGACACAACUGAAGAAGCUCAAAGGCGCAGAAUGGAUGAAAUUAGUGAUCAUGCAAAAGUUCUGACACUUAGUGAUGACCUAGAAAGGACAGUUGAAGAAAGAGUCAAUAUUUUAUUUGACUUUGUGAAGAAAAAAAAAGAAGAAGGUAUUAUUGAUACUUCUGACAAAGAAAUUGUCGCAGAAGCAGAAAGACUGGAUGUAAAAGCUAUGGGUCCUCUUGUUUUGACUGAGGUUCUUUUUAAUGAGAAGAUUCGAGAACAAAUUAAGAAGUAUAGACGUCAUUUUCUACGAUUCUGCCACAAUAACAAAAAAGCUCAGAGAUACCUUCUUCAUGGUUUGGAGUGUGUAGUAGCUAUGCAUCAAGCUCAGCUCAUCUCUAAAAUUCCACAUAUCUUGAAGGAAAUGUAUGAUGCAGACCUUUUGGAGGAAGAGGUCAUCAUUAGCUGGUCAGAAAAGGCCUCUAAGAAAUAUGUCUCAAAGGAACUUGCCAAAGAGAUUCGUGUCAAAGCGGAGCCCUUUAUAAAAUGGCUAAAGGAAGCAGAAGAAGAAUCCUCUGGUGGAGAAGAGGAAGAUGAAGAUGAAAAUAUUGAGGUGGUGUAUUCUAAGACUGCCAGCGUACCUAAAGUUGAAACUGUGAAGUCUGCUGAUAACAAGGAUGAUGACAUUGAUAUUGAUGCCAUUUAAAACAGUGCAACUGAGCUUACAGUGUAAUGCUUCGAUUUUCUCUGCAUUUUCAGCCAGAAGUGCAACAUGUAUGUGCAGAAGCUAAAAAUGGCUUAACAUCAUGCUACACUUUGUACUCAAAAUGUCUUUUUACUGUGAGUGGUCUUCUGUAACUAAGCCCAGUGAGACAUCUAGGGAGUCCAUAUUACAUCAGUGCCCAGGUUUAGUUUGCUUAUUUAUAGCAUGUUACUUUGGGGGGAAAAAAAACUAGCAAUGGACACAUUUAAAUUACAUUUAUUUAGUUGUAAAAAUAAAAAUUUGUUUUUGGUCAUUCUUCAGUUUGUUACUUUGAAUGACUUGAGCCUAAAUUGACACUGACUUCAGUGUCUCAGCCAGCUUAAAAGGAGGAAAGGAAAAGGCUGAAUUUUUUGUGAUCUUGGGAGCUUAUUAGAUUUGAUAUUUCUUGGAGGGCUUCACCUGGGGAAAAAGUUGAUAGUUUGACAUUAGUUAAUCCUGGUUAGCAAAUAUAUGGGGGAAAUCCUUCUUAUUUCUAACCCUUCAAAUUUGGCAUCUGAAAUUGUUUCUUAGGGUAAAGUGCCACCAUAAAAAUGAUGGGAUAACACCUUGCUUCAUUGGAAGUUGAGGAUAUAAGUGUAAAGUUAAAAAGGGUGUGUUUUUUUUUCCCUUUUUUUUUCUUUUUUCCCCCCUUUUUUUCUUUUUCUUCCCUUCCCUUCCUUUCCUUUUCUUUUUUCUUUUUUUUUUUUUUUUUUUUUAAACUUGAACUGCAAAUUUAUGUUUGCUCCAUGUUGUCAUUGAGGUUUAGUGCAAUGUACAUGUGGGCUAAGCUGAGAAUCUAUAUUAACAAAUGGAGUAUUUCUGUAUGUGUAGCAACUCUGCUGAGUGAAAUUUCAAACUUUUUGGAUGUGAUUAAAUAGGUUGACCUAUAACAGCCAAAUCGAAGAUUUAUUUAGGGAAAACAGGGAGAAGAUGUGCACUAAUCUAAAACAGUGAACAUUACUGAGAAUUUUUCAGCCUUGACCUUGAGAGUCUAGAUCCCAACUUCAAAAUGUUUGGGCAUUUACUAUACCUUUUCAGUGUGCUAUUUGCCCUGAUGUUUUGGUUUGAUAUCUUUUCAUGCCUUUUUACAUUGAUAUAGCUUGUGCUGUUUGGAACUUGGGCACUAUCUUGCCAAAAUUUUUAAGAAGUGUUAAUAUGUCUAACUUGAUUUUUCUAAACAUUCUUAUUUAAAAAGACUGAAAUAAAGCUAAAAGCGUACUUUAUAAGUCAGAACCUGUAA